AAAGAGGAAAUGCCGAAAAAUAAUAAAACCACUUUUUGCACACCACAUAUAAUGAGAACUGCAGAUAAUAGAAAACACCUCGAAUUUCAGGCUUCGAAGCAUUUUCUUCUGCAUCGAAGCAAAUUUGCAAGCCAAUCAGACAUGUUCUGUAUCGCAUAUGCCUAUGAUCAAUGUUAAAACUCAACUAGUCAACCACAAAUGAGUUAGCGGAUAACAAGUCUACUGUAUAUCCAUCCGAAACAGCAAAACUGCAUCUAAAAACUACGAGGUUCAAGACAAAGACAGUUCAACUAGUUAAAGAGGAAGAAUACAAAUAAAACUUCUCUAUGUAAUUAAACACUGUUGAAUUCGAUAAAACAGUUGAUGUUAAUAUGGAAAUAUUAUUUGCCUUCCGAUCUAAGACCAGAUAUGUUAGAAGCUCUGGUCUUUUUGUCUCAAUCUGCCAUGCAGCUUUGCGGGUUUGUGAUUGGUUUUCCAGUAGUACUGCAAAUGGGAAGUGAUGUCGUUUGUAAAAAAGCUUGGCCGACAUCAGAGGGGAGUCUCACCCGAAUCAGACUUUCUGUUAAAAGCCUGGAGUUUGGCUGGAACCAUAAAUUAAAUUCUAAUCUUAUUAAAGUGAGUAAGCUAAUUAAAAAGCCUAAUUUAGCAAAGGAAGUUUAUUUUGACUUUGAGGACAGGAAUGACAUUUCUGAGAGUGACAUGGAGAUUUUGAAACACUUAAUACAAUCAAAAACACGUCACAAUAUUUAUUCACCUGGUUUUCAUGUGAAAGUAUCUUUUUACGGGAAAUGUUUGCCAGUAAAGCUUAUAUCAUAUAAGUCAGUGACUGAUGUAGACGAUGUAAGUGCUGAAAUGAGUAAACUCACUUUGAGCGAAGAGUACUUUACACCAACAAAUGUAACAACCUUUAAACUAAUGGAAAAACAAAGUGAGCAAAAGAAGAUAAAAAGGAAAUUGAAAUUUGGAGGGUAUCGUUUUAUUAUUGAUGAAAUCAUGAAAAAUAUAUUUUUUACUUUUAAUUCAAAAAAUUCUUUAUCAAGGAGUCGCUGUUGCGGAAUUUUAAUUUAUGGAAUACAUGGUACUGGAAAAACAUUACUUACGAAUUAUUUAGCUCAAGAAGCCAAAGUUCCGACUGUAGAGGUGAAGGGAAUGGAACUUUUCAGCAAAUAUUACGGAGAAACGGAAGCUAGACUUAGGCAGACGUUCGAAUCGGCUGUUCAGCAGUGCCCUUCGAUUCUGAUCAUUGAUAACAUUGAAAACCUUUGUCCAAAAAAGGGAACUGAUCUAGAAAGAAGAGUAGCAUCAACAUUACUUAGCCAAUUUGAUGCUAUUCAUGAUAAAAACAUAGUUGUCUUGGCUACAAGCACAAGAACGGAUGACAUUGAAACUUCCUUAAGACGGCCAGGAAGGUUGGAAUAUGAGUUUGAAAUUCCAGUUCCUACACCUAAUGACAGGCUCCAAAUAUUGGAAUCACUGGUCGAUGAUGAGAGAUUGAAAGAGACAAUAAAUGAGAUUUCUCAUUCCACACAUGGUUUCGUAGCAGCAGAUCUCGCAUCUGUAGUUACAAAAGCUAUCUGUAGGGCGACACUUGAAAAAAGGGAUUCUAUUUUUCCAGAGGAUCUUUUUUGGGGAUAUUCACAAGUUAAACCAUCAGCGAUGAGAGAAAUCUCGAUACAAAUCCCGAAUGUCAAAUGGUCGGAUAUAGGCGGUCAGGAAGAUUUAAAAUUAAAAUUACAACAAUCUGUUGAAUGGCCUAUAAAAUAUCCUGACAGUUUUAAAAGGCUGGGAAUUAAACCACCCCGAGGAGUGCUUAUGUUUGGUCCCCCAGGGUGUUCUAAAACUCUUGUCGCUAAAGCUUUAGCAACUGAAACAGCACUCAAUUUUCUCUCAGUGAAGGGGUCUGAUAUAUUCUCAAAAUGGGUCGGGGAGUCAGAGCGUGCAAUGAGGGACUUAUUUAAAAGGGCUAGGACUGUGGCACCGGCUAUAAUCUUUUUGGACGAGGUAGAUGCUUUGGGUAGCGAAAGAGAUUCUUCAUCUUCUGGUGGAAGCACAGUGCAUGAAAGAGUAUUAUCGCAACUUUUAACCGAAAUGGAUGGUAUCCAGCCAUUAGAUAACGUAAUAACAAUCGCCGCUACAAACAGACCUGACCGGAUUGACAAGGCGCUGCUCCGUCCUGGAAGAUUGGAUAGAUUGAUUUAUGUCCCCUUGCCCGAUGAUAGAACUAGGAGGGAAAUUUUCAAACUCAAGUUUAAAAAGAUGCCUAUCGACAAAUCUGUCGAGUUGGAAAAACUUGUUCAUGCAACGGAAGGCUAUUCUGGAGCUGAGGUUGUGGCUGUUUGUGAAGAAGCUGCCAUGCAGGCUUUAGAAGAAAACAUACACGCUUGUGAAACAACAAUGGCACAUUUUGAUAAAGCUGUUGAUAUAGUGAAACCAAGAACUCCUAGUUCCUUAAUCAAACUCUAUGAAAAUUACAUAAACAAAACGUGAUUUAUAAUAUCUAUUUUUGGAUAUGUAAAAAUGUUCUAAAUUGUUUUAAAAAAACCAUGUGCAAUUCAAAAAUAUAUACUUUUAUAUAAAAACCACUCAUUGGAUUAAUUAAAAUUAUUAAAGUUCUUCAAGACACAUACAACACAAAUACAUACAUAGUUUAUCAAAAUCCUAUAAAUUUAUUUGUAUUCAUUGUAAUUUGAUAUAUAAUAUAUUGUCUUUAAUUUAA